AGAAGGGGGGGAGGAAAAACACUAAAGGGGUAGCUAUGGAGAUGGAGCGUUUUCCUGGCUGCUUUCUUUGACAGGUGUUGAGUGGGGCAAAAGUCUUAAAACAGAAUCCAGCAUGUACGCCAAAGGUAAAGGAGCUGUCGUCCCUUCCGAUAGCCAAGCGAGAGAAAAGUUAGCUUUAUAUGUGUAUGAGUAUUUGCUCCAUGUCGGCGCACAGAAAUCAGCACAGACCUUCCUGUCAGAGAUCCGAUGGGAGAAGAACAUUACACUUGGGGAACCUCCAGGAUUUUUACACUCAUGGUGGUGUGUAUUCUGGGAUCUGUACUGCGCUGCCCCGGACCGGAGGGAGACAUGCGAACAUUCCAGCGAGGCCAAGGCUUUCCAUGACUAUAGUGCAGCCGCUGCCCCCAGUCCAGUGAUGGGCAACAUGCCACCCAAUGAUGGCAUGCCAGGAGGACCCAUGCCCCCGGGCUUCUUUCAAGGUCCUCCAGGAUCUCAGCCUUCCCCUCACACGCAGCCCCCCCCACAUAACCCCAGUAAUCCCAUGAUGGGACCUCACGGACAGCCAUUCAUGUCUCCGCGGUACCCAGGUGGCCCAAGGCCCCCCCUCCGUAUGCCAAAUCAGCCUCCUGGGAGCAUCCCGGGGUCACAGCCUCUCCUGCCAAACAGCCUGGACCCCACCAGACCUCAAGGACAUCCAAACAUGGGGGGCCCAAUGAGAAUGAAUCCCCCCCGGGGCAUGGGAGGCAUGGGCCCACAGAACUACGGCGGAGGGAUGAGGCCUCCUCCAAAUUCCAUGGGGCCAGGGAUGCCGGGCAUGAACAUGGGUCCUGGUGGAAGAGGUCCCUGGCCAAAUCCCAACGCCAACUCAAUAGCUUAUUCAUCUUCAUCUCCAGGCAACUAUGUGGGCCCUCCAGGGGGAGGCGGCCCACCAGGAACUCCCAUCAUGCCUAGCCCUGGAGAUUCAACAAACUCAAGUGAAAACAUCUACACAAUGAUGAACCCCAUUGGCCCUGGUGGAAACAGACCUAGUUUCCCAAUGGGACCAGGUCCUGAUGGGCCAAUGGGUGGAAUGGGUGCUAUGGAGCAGCAUCAUAUGAACGGAUCACUAGGCUCUGGUGACAUGGAUGGGUUGCCAAAGAAUUCUCCUAACAACAUGGCAGGCAUGAACAAUCCCCCCGGCACUCCGCGGGACGACGGCGAGAUGGCAGGCAACUUUUUAAACCCAUUCCAAAGUGAAAGUUAUUCACCCAACAUGACGAUGAGUGUGUGAUUUUUUUUAUUUUAUUUUAUCUUUUAUUUUAUUUUAUUUCUUUUUCAUCUCCCCUUAUCCCAAUCUCCCUCUCCCAAUCCGCCCUGGUGCGUCUUGCAUUACCCUCUUC